AUGUCCAACCUGGAAGGAGCAAGAGCUUAUGAGACGAUUGUGGAGAGUGUGAUCAAUGAGGUGAGGGAAGACUUCGAAAGUGCGGGCAUCGACGAACAAACGCUGCAAGAUUUGAGACUGGUAUGGCAAAAUAAACUUUCGGACAGCCGUGUAGCCAAGUUCAUGUGGGACCCAGAGGACGAAAACUCAACGUUGAAUUCACAACUGCAUAAUUCACACAUAGCGCCUAGUUUGAUGGAGCCGCACGGUCUGACAAUGCCAGAUUUCGCAUCUCCAGGGAACGAUAAAACCAGCCCAGACUCCCAGCAACAACAGCAGCAACAGCAGCAACCGCAGCAACAGCAGCAGCAACAGCAGGAACAGUCGGAACAGCAGUCUCAGCAAGACCAGCAAACCAAACAGGAAGAUGACGACUCGAAAGAAGAGAUCGAACUUACAAUCGGCGACCCUGACGGUCAGAUCGCAGAGCAACUGAAAUUGCAAGCCAAACAGGCCAAAAAAAGUGCGCUGCUGGAAACCGAUGAAAUCAAUUCGGAUCUGGAUGACUCAGAAGACGACUACCUCAAUUCCUCCGGUGACGAUGACGGCCAAGACGAAAACAUUGUGUUGUGUCUAUAUGAAAAAGUGCUUAGAGUAAAGAACAAAUGGAAGUGCAACUUGAAAGAUGGGCUGGCGACCAUCAACUUCAAGGACUACGCCUUCCAAAAGGCUCAGGGCGAGACGGAGUGGUAA